AUGGGAAUGGGAACGUGCAAAGACCUGACUCCCGAGAAGAUGGAGCAGGCCAUUCUACAUUACGAGGAGGUAUGCCAUUCAUAACAUUACUGCGCUUUUAAACUUUGAAAUGGGAAACUGGGUUGUAAUAGAUAUAACUAAUCAUGUAUAAUAUAUACAACUUAGUAAUAUUACAGUAGUAAGGACUUGACAGUAAUAUUACAGUAGUAAGCCUAGUCUUCAGAUAAAGAUACUAAUUACAUCCUUACCAUGCUAAGAUAGACUCACACAGUAAUGCUGCAAAUGCUCACAUACUCCGCUACUGUGUUUUACAUUACCGGUUGUUGUCUUAAUCAAGUUUGUGUGAUUUUAUUUUGGCUCCCGGCGGGAUGAGGCCGGCUUUAUUUGAGUACUCUCGGGAGGCAGUUAAUGAAGGGCGCGGGUCCCUUUCUUUAUGUAAUCAGCUUCAUCUGGGCUUCUAAUUGCACCCCUUUUCGGUAUGACGUUCCGGCAGAGUUACAUUCGGUUACACUUUUAAUGUACAGGCCCGCACUUCCCCUUCCCGGAAGCACGCUUCAGAAGCGGAAAGUAUCCCUCAAGUAGGCGAAUAAGUAUUUAUACCCAUUUAAAUUAUUCACCAGAUAAAUCAACACCCAGUCAACAAGGCUAGGCAUCGCUAAGCGGCUAUUUACUGCGGUGGAAAAGUAGGCAUUUCUCUACAGCUUCACUCUGUAAAUGUAGCCCUUACUGCACUAAAAUAAGCAUAGUAAAAGAGCAGUAUCAUCAACACAAGAGCUAUAUCUAAAGCAAUAAUAUCCAUAGAAAGAGCCAGUUAAAGCGAUAACACCCUCAUACUAGGAACUAUGGUCAAGCCAGUAUUGCUUAUCAAAUCUUUUUCCAUGUAGUAGAAGCUGUAGUCAACAAACAGCUAUACCACAAACAUACCAAAUCAGUAGACAAUAAGAAUAACAUUGAAUCAGAUACAGUAAAUAAACCGAUUGUUUACCACAACAUAACUAAUGCAAUUUGCAGCUCCUCACCCCGAUCCUCUCCUUCUACAACCAGUUCCACGUCCUCAUCUACAAGUUUCUGUGCAUCCUCGGCGUCCUCUCCAACAUCUGCAUCGUGGUGGUGCUGAUGCGGCCGCCAAUGAGGCGGAAUCCCUUUAACGUCUUCCUGGUGGCCAUCGCCAUCUGCGACAUGACGCUAAUGGCUUCCUAUUUCGUCUUCAAACAAGUAAGUACUCAAAAGCUGGUUAAAUUAGUCGGGUUUGCAAGAGGAACGAAUGUGUUUGGCACAAGAUGUACUUGGAGUUGAUACAAAUUUGACAAAAAGAAUGGCAAAUGGCCCAAAAUGUAAUCUUAACACCAUUUUGACGCUCAUCUUUGACAUAAAAAAAUAUUCGGCACACUUUUUGACCAACCUAAAAUGUUUUGUAAACCGCAAAAAUCAUUUUUAAAUUUUUUAUAAUAUAAACAACAAACUACUAUAUGCCCCAAAAUAAGGCUUGAACUCCAACCUUCAAACCUACAACAGUAUAACUUUAGGUGGAAGACUGCAACCCCAUCUACUUUACCUACGGCUGGGUGGUGUUCACAUUGGUCUACGCUCUCCUAUCGGUCUUUGUACACUCGGCUAGUCUAUGGCUGACCGUGAACAUGGCCGUGCUGCGGUAUUUCGUGCUCAGAGACAGUUCCAACACGGGUUCUAGCAGAUGGAACAACUACCGUUCCGCCAUCACCUCCGUUCUCCUGGCCCUACUCUUCUCGUUGGUGGGGGCAGCACCGAACAUGCUCAGGUACGAGAUCGAGGACAAGGGCAUGGCACAGGUGCCCAGUCAUUGUCUUCGCAACGGGUCAGCCUACGCCAAGUUCUACCGCGACGACGAGCUCAUCAACUCCUACACCAUCGGGCAGCCCGUCUUCUGGAACUGCUCUUGGGAAAGGUUCAGCUUCUGGGUGGCUGGUAAGUAUUAUGUUGUUUUAAGUGUUGCGGAAGCAAGUUUCCAUUUAGUAAGGCUUAAGUUUUAUUAAAAUAUCUUAGAUAUUGUAGUAGGUUGGAACGUAAUUGUACUUAUUUCUUUUGCUUUCUAUUAUUUUUUAGCGUAUCUUUAUUUAAAAUUUAAAUGCUAAAGCUUUCUUGAUGAAUUAUCGAGAUUAUUUUUGCUAUUUUGAAUUUUUUGAAGUAUAGAUAUAUACACAUAUAUUAUAGUAAGUUCUUGUUCGCUUUUGUAAAGUUUAAUAUAUCGUUUUAGCGUGAUCUCUCAAUGCCUUUGGCAGUUAUUUUUUUUUACAAAAUUAUAUUUGAUUUUAUUGUGUUUCUUGCAGGAAUCGUGCUCAAACUGAUCCCGUGCCUUCUGCUGACCGUGUUCAUGACACUGUUGGUUCGUAUGUUGGUGGAGGCUCGAGAUCGCCGCUCCCGACUGACUGCCAAUAACAGUGGGAGUGCAAGUGGCAGUAACUGCGGCAAAACAAGCACACAGGCCGAGCGGACCACCGCCAUGUUAACAAUGAUCGUGGCGUUGUUUUUAAUAACCGAACUACCACAAGGUAAAUAACGUCUGCUUUAUUAGUUAUCUCGGUUUGUAUACGGGGACACGGAACAAUAACUUUCGCGUGAUUUACAAUUACUUUCAAGACAACCAGACAAUAGCAUCAUAGUACAGCGGCGUUCAAGGUUUUAAUUGAGUAUGAUAGGUUUAGAUUGUGGAUAUUACACUAGAUUCGUAUAGUAAAGCGAUAAAAAACAACAAUAUUGUACUAAAAAGAAAAGUCUACAAUAAUAUGCCCUUUCCCACGCGAGAUUAUCCCAAAUUAAUCGGUAGAGCAUAGGAAAAGGCAAUAAAACAUCACUCAUUAGACCUAAAGCAAUAUUAACCAGACAUUGCCCGCUUAAAAUGACAAUAUUAUUAGAAACCAAAAAGACGAGCUUCUUAUUAUCUUUAUAUUAACCUAAACACUAAUCUUUUACAUUAACUUAGUCUAUUCUCAAAAGGUCAAGCUUUAUAUUAAUAUUGAUAUUACCCACAACAUUCUGAUGUUAAGUAGAGCGUAACUUUCGCAGAAUACACUGUGAUUACGUCAACUUAAACAUUCGAGUACUAAAACGGAUUAUCAAAUCUUUUCCAUGAAUGGCGACAAUUUGACACAUUGCGGGCGCAGGUUGUUAACUUUUGGCACGGGGACAUUUUAUACUUUCAAAGCUGCUCUAAUAAAAAAAAUUGAAUUGUGAGGAGAAAACUUAUUGUAAAGUUUAAAUAUUAUAAAAAAUGCUAGCUCAACGUAAUUCUAUUGCUUUAGGCAUUCUGGUAUUCGCGAUCGGCAUAAAACCUGAGAUGAGGUUCGCGAUGUACUAUUUGGGUAACAUUCUGGACCUGCUGUCCCUGCUCAACUCCUCCGUCAACUUCAUCCUCUACUCCACCAUGUCCAACCUCUUCAGACGCGAGUUCCUCGAGACCUUCGGCUUCUGCUGUCCUCAAUCGCUUCGACAAUGGAACUCGCGACGUCGCCUGGCUUCGGCUAAGGCCUCGAUCAAGUCGAAGAACAAUGGAGCCAUGCCGGAGCCGGUGAAUGGGGCCAGGAAGGCGCAGCUGAGGGAGAUCCGGUCCAGCGAGCAGAUGCAGCGGCUAAUUGACGGGGAGAGCGAGGUUGUCUGUUAG